CCAUCUCUCUCCCCUCCCUUCUCACCCUCUCCCGCCCUCUCACCUUCUGUCCUGCUCUCUGCUGUCCUCCCCCAUAUUUCCACUCCUCCAUCUGUCUCUGUCCAUCCUGCUGCUUGCAGAACUGCAUUCUCAGUACUGUGUGUGUGUGUGUUGUGUUACCCUGCUGUAGGUAUAAGUCUAAUGAGGAGUGUGUGUGUGUGUGUGUGUUACCCUGCUGCAGGUAUAAGUCUAAUGAGGAGUAUGUGUACGUGCGGGGUCGUGGUCGGGGGAAGUAUGUCUGUGAGGAGUGUGGGAUUCGCUGUAAGAAGCCCAGCAUGCUGAAGAAGCACAUUCGCACCCACACCGACGUGCGGCCAUACGUGUGCAAGCACUGCAACUUCGCCUUCAAAACCAAAGGGAACCUCACCAAACACAUGAAGUCCAAGGCCCACGGCAAGAAGUGCCAGGAGGCCUCUCCCCUCGACCAGCAGGAGCCAGAGGAAGGAGGUGGCGAUGAGGAGCGCUUGGGCGGGUCAGAGGAUCAGGAAGAGCACCAGUUCUCAGACAUCGACGAUUCAGAAGAUGACGAUGACAACGAGGAAGAGGAAGAGGAAGAGGAGGAAUCUUCGUCCCACGAUGAGCCGCCCUCCUCCUGCUCCCCUGACACCCGUCUCUCCAGUGGGGGGCGCUCUGACAGUGGGCAGCCGUCCCAGCGGAGCACCCCGGACCCCCACCCCACCGCCCCCCAGGACAGAGAGCCGGGCCCCAGCCAGCAGGACUACCCGUCGCCCCAGCUUCGGCCCAGCAGCCGCACGGCAUCCUCCAGCAGCAAGAGGGCGCUGUUCUCCCGCCAGCACUGGGAGGGCUCCCCCCGGGCCUUCUCCCCCAGCAGCGAGGGGUCCCCCCUGCGCCACCCGUCCCCUGGGCGUGGCCUGUCUCCGGGGCGUGGCCUGUCUCCAGGGCGUGGCCUGUCGCCGGGACGUGGCCAGUCUCCAGGGCGUGGCCUGUCGCCGGGGCGUGGCCAGUCGCCGGGGCGUGGCCAGUCUCCGGGGCGUGGCCUGUCGCCGGGGCGUGGCCAGUCUACGGGGCGUGGCCUGUCGCCGGGGCGUGGCCUGUCGCCGGGGCGUGGCCAGUCUCCGGGACAGGACUCCUCCCCCCUCCGCUGCCUCACCCCCCGGCUGGAUCUCUCCUCCCCCCUCCGCUGCCUCACCCCGUCCCCCGAACGAGGCCUGUCCCCCCUCAGAUUGCUGUCCCCCACCUGCUACCCCAGCCCCCGCGCCCCGCCCUCCCCUGUCCCCCCCGGAGCCCUGCCGAGAGCGCGCGCGUUCCCCGCCCCAGCGCCAGGGACCUCAUUCAGCACUGAGACCCCCUUGGGCAGGCCGGAGAAGCAGGAGUGGAGCAGCUUCCUGCAGGAGGGGGCGAUCUUUUCGGACGCCCGCCCGCCCCCUCCGGCACUGAGGCUCUCCGCCUCUCCUGGCGAGUUGGCGGGACAGCCCCCCCCGGCCGGGACGGUGGACCUCCUGUUCAGCCACCUCCCCCUGCACUCCCAGCGCCAGGCCCGCUCCCCCUACGUCAUGAUCCCCAUCGGGGGCAUCCAGAUGGUGCAGCCAUGGCCCCUCCCCAAACCCGCCCACAGCCCCGCCCCCACCCCCACCACCACCCUCUGGACCGAGGCCACCUCCCGCCCCCUCGAAAAGAAAGGGGGCGUGUCUCCAGGGCCUAGUGGGCGGGGCACUCUCCAGGACUACAGGGUACAGGAGGAAGAAGCGGGAACCAGCCAAUCAGGACUCAGUGUGGGAAGGUACCGCGCCCCCCCAAAAAAACAGGUUUCCCAGACGUGGGGGGAGGACCCCCCAGGCACGGGCAUUAAGCAAUAUGGCAGCUCUGGCACUUCCUGUUCGUCCGGCACUUCGGCCUCGGAGACGACUGGCAGCUCUGGCCCCGCCCCCAGCCAGCAGGCUCCUCCCACACACAGGACUAGACCGCUGUCUGAUAGGGAAGGACCCCCUGGGGGGCGGGGCAGGAGGCGGGGCUCUGAACAUGCUGGGGGAGGAGCCGAAGGAAGGGGCGUGGCCGCUGCGCGGAAACACAAAGACAGCAAAACAGGAAGUGCUUAAUAGUCUCCGCCCCCGAUUCUGCACGACAGAGUCACUGACGCUUUUUGUUAUUAUUGCUCUCUUCGUUCUCGAUGUUUUGUAUGGUUCCGUUUUUAUACUAUUUCCAACACUAUUGUUUACUUACAUGUUUGUUUUCUUCGCUCUUGCAAUAUAUAUAUAUAUAUAUAUAUAGAAUUGGAAUAAGAUGCACCUUUUUGACAAUAAUAUAUCUGUCCCUUAUCUACUGUUAUUUAUCUUGCUCUUGAUCUUCGUAUCUAUUGGAAUAUACAUGUAUGAUGAUUAUAGAUAUAUUUGUAAAUGACCAAAAUCCGUACUGAAAAACAAUAAUUCCCAAUUUGUUUUGUCCAGUAUUCCUUACAGUGUAGUUGACUGUGCCUUUUCUGUCGGAAGUAUGUUGCUAGAAGUAUAGAAAAAAAGUUAAAAAGGCUGUGAAUUUUUUUUGAAUAUGUUUUUUGUUUUGUUUUGGAGCUGAGCUGGAAGGUGCGAGCGAAGGCUGGACUUUCAGUUUACGGCCAUUUUAAAGUCAGGGUAAGAAAGCAGCGGGUAAAGCGAGGAUGAGGAGGAGAGGAAGGAGCCGGGCGAUUUGCACGGAAAUGCACUGAAGUCAUAUUUUUUAUAUAAUAAAUAUGUAGAUCUUAUGUGCGUGUACAGAAGAAAGAAGUAUAUGGUCUGUAUUUAUUGCUACAUUUAAUGAUAAAAAAAUGCUUCUUUUA